GAUUUGACACUACAGACACUCUUGGAAACUGUACGAGUGGCAUACGAAUCAGUUAAAAUAAACCGUCCAAAUUGUGGGAAUGUCUGUAGGUAAAUAAUCAUCCAGAUGGAUUGAACGAUUCCAACUUUCGUUAUAGUGAUCAUUUUUUAGUUGAAUCCGGACGGUUAAAUAAUUUACAUUCCAACCGUCUGUUAAAAUGUCCAUAAACCAUCUAGCAAGGAAAUCUAGUCGGGGUAAUUUUCUGUUUAGGAUCCUUCUAAAAUUGGGCCCCGGACGGUUCAAAUCAAGUUGCAUCUAUGUAUCAUGAGCUAUUUCUUAGUGCCUGCGUAUCAACCACGAUAAACAGCCAGAGUAUACAAAGUUUUUCUCUUUUCUUUUUUCUGUCAAUACGAACCGAAGUUGCAUCUAUGUAAAAUGAGCGAUUUCGUAGUGCCUGCGUAUCAACCAUGACACUCAGCCAGAAUAUACUUUUCUUUUUUCGGUCAAUGCGAACCGUCCGCUGCCUUAUUUAUAUACAGGACAGGAUUAUAAAGGGCUGAGAAUUGAGAUUGUUUACUUACUGGUUUUUGAUCAACGAGCAGGUGGGCCCCAAACGCAAGGCUCGAGAACCCGCACUGUGCAUCCUCGGCUCGAGAAUAGUAUAAAUUCCUCCCUCCCAAAAGCCUCCGCAAAAACACAGAGGGAGAGGGAGAGGGAGAGAGGGAGAGCGAAUGGUUGGGCCGAAGGGAAACAGCAGCGGCAGCUGUGAGAUUGGAACUAACAAUAACAGCUGCAAUCUCCAAUCGGAAGAAGAAGAAGAGCUUGAAGCGAUGACGACGGAGAGCUCCAAUCUUGACGACGACAUCGGCAGCGACCAGACAAGCGCUGAUUACUACUUCGAUUCCUACUCCCAUUUCGGCAUUCAUGAAGAAAUGCUUAAAGAUACUGUCAGGACUAAGACAUAUCAAAAUGUUAUCUACCAAAAUACCUUUCUUUUCAAGAACAAGAUAGUUCUCGAUGUUGGUGCUGGUACUGGUAUCUUGUCCCUUUUUUGUGCAAAAGCAGGGGCAAAGCAUGUUUAUGCAGUGGAAUGCUCUCAAAUGGCUGACAUGGCAAAAGAGAUUGUUCGAGCAAAUGGAUUUUCCGAUCUGAUAACGGUUUUGAAGGGUAAGGUUGAAGAGAUUGUACUACCUGUUACCCAUGUGGAUAUCAUCAUUUCGGAAUGGAUGGGCUAUUUUCUACUGUUUGAAAAUAUGUUAAACACUGUUCUAUACGCACGGGAUAAGUGGCUUAUAAAUGGUGGGAUUGUGUUGCCGGACAGAGCUUCCCUAUAUUUGACAGCCAUAGAGGAUGCUGAUUAUAAGGAAGACAAGAUUGAAUUCUGGAAUAACGUAUAUGGCUUUGACAUGAGCUGCAUCAAGAAACAAGCGCUGACGGAACCUCUUGUUGACACAUUUGACAAGAAUCAAAUUGUCACAAACUGCCAUUUACUCAAGACGAUGGACAUUUCAAAGAUGGCUGCUGGUGAUGCUUCCUUCACUGCUCCAUUUAAGCUCAUCGCAAAGCGUGACGAUUAUAUCCAUGCCCUUGUAGCAUACUUUGAUGUCUCGUUUACAAAGUGUCACAAGUUGAUUGGCUUCUCCACAGGGCCUCAAUCGCGGGCGACUCAUUGGAAGCAGACUGUUCUAUACCUUGAAGAUGUACUAACUAUAUGUGAGGGGGAGGCAGUGGUGGGAAGCAUGACCGUUGCACCUAACAAGAAGAACCCUCGUGACGUAGAUAUAAUGCUAAUAUAUUCAUUGAACGGUCAGCGUUGCCAGGUGUCUAGAACUCAACACUAUAAGAUGCGUUGAUGACGUGAUCCUCAUGAAAAUUCUGAGGUUAUCAUUCUCAUUCCAAGGGAUUUAAAGCUCCAGACUCUGAACCUUGACGUGGACGGUGCGAGGCUUGAGUGGGGCAGGCAAACUGCUUGCCACUGCUGGACCUAACAUGCCUGGUAAGUCCAGCCCAAUUCGGUCUAUUUUUAUUUUUCACAAAGGUGGUUCGAACCCUCAAAACACGCCCGUCCACCAUUGAGCUACGGGCUUGAACCCAUUCCUGUUUCAUCAAACGAGAUUGCUCCGAUGCAGUAGGGUUUGAAAAUUAGCAUUGUACAAUAACUACAACUAAGCAAUGUUCCUGUUAUGUAGUGGCAAUGGCUGUUUUAUAUAAAUUAAAAAAAAAAAAACUAUGAAAGAUGGUAAAAAAUGGCUGUUAUCUUUGGCCAUUAUUCACAUAUUAGCUGCAGACCGGUGUUUUUUAAGGUACAGAAAAAUUAACUUGUUGGUGCAGAUACAACUAGCUGGAUCUGAUCAUUUCUCAAAAUGUAACACCUUGGGAGGCUAACAUUGUUACAAUGAUGUAAUGCCCUAUGCUUAGUAGGCUCAAGAACAUCUUCAGUCAGUUUUGU